GUGAAUUUGUCAUCUGUCAAAUAAAUUAAAUUCAGUCGUGUCUGGCCUAGCUAAAAGAACAGCGCAAAAUUCUAGUAUAUUUACAGAAAAAAAUACGAUGUAAUUGAAAUGAUCCGGUGAUAUUAAAAAUGAAGAGGGUUAAACGGAGGCCGGGGCGCAGUCCGUCGAAGUUAGAGAAGUAUGAGUUCAGUCGAAACAUCAGCAAGCCAGUGGUUCAGGAGGUGUUUCCACCUCCUAACGAAAGAUGCGGCGAAGAAGUGGAAGUUGAUACUGUUGGGCAAGAAAGUCAAAACAGGAAUCCCUUUACAAGAAGCAAGUUACAUCGAUGCACGUACUACAGGCCCAGCAAUGAAGACUUCGGGCAACUGACGGACAAGGCUUUGCCUCCGAAUGAGUAUUAUAAGAACCUUCUUCAAGAGAUCAGCAAUCAGCCCUCGCCACUGCCAGACACGACGAAAGUGGAGAAGAAGAAUGCCUGCGAAGGGUCCCUGGUGCAGACCUGUUCGGCGUUCGUGCAGCCGGCGAGCGUCCUCAAACUCGACGAGCACGUCAUGGCGGAUCUGAUGGACGACGUACAGUGGCAGACCAUCGACAGCGUCAGUGAUGCGGAUUUGUUUCUGUCGCGAACGGCGAGCCCGGAGAGAAUCAAGGAGGUGCCGAAAGAUAAAAAGGCUCCACCAGUCCGUAGUAACAUUCGUAUAUCAGAAACACCACAAGUAAAGCGUAUCGCUGAGAAGUUCACGAAGUUCAAAAAGAACAACGUGGAGGUCAGAAAGCUGGAAGAGCGGGUGGUUUGUUUGGAGUACGACAUCUUCGACCUGAAUGCCGUCGACCCCGCCGUGCCGACGCAGAAAAUGAGGGCAUUUUUCUCCAUAAAAAUGAAAGAUUUUGGAGGCGACAACAAAGAAAACCUUCAUUCCAUCCCAUCUGGUAUAAAACGCAACUUCAACAUCGACGACGGAGACCUUCAGAAACUCAACAAGAAAGAAAUAGAAAUCAUCGACAACGAGAUACCAGAAAACAGGUCCUUGCUCGAGGACCUAAAGCGAGUUCUGAGACGGAAACAGGCGCUCGAGAACAAAAAGAGACGGCAAACGUUGGACCUCAUGUGUCUGUACGAGAUGGCGAAACGAGAGAGUCCGCCCGUCAACUGCGACUAUUCCAACACCAAUCUGUUAUCGAAAGCAGAGCUGCAGGAGAUUAAGGAUUUGAUUCUGAAGAAAUGCGAGUCGAGCGUGUACGGGAUUAACAGAAAAACGGUGAAAUGUAGAGAUGACGCGAAUGACUUGAAGUGUGUGUUGUCGAACAGUUUGAUCAAUGAGUUGAUGCGUGAGGCCGAAGUUUGAGACACUAGUGAUAUUUUUUACAUAAAUAGAUAGUGAUGUGUGGCGCCAUACCUGGGGUAUACCUAAUUACAUACAUACUUAACUGAAUGAGAAUGACUCACUGUAAGAAAAUUUGUCAGCAGCAAAAAUCGUUGAGUAAUUAGUGUUUAAAAUGAUCUGCUUAAGAAUAGGUAAAGUUAUGUGUCUAGGUUAUAUCCUGAAACUGAAUUUCCAUGAGUAAGUAAAUAAAAAAACAUUGUCCCUUCAAUGUAGUUCUAACCAGGCUCAACAUAGGUGUCAUGAAUGUCAGAAGUUUUGUUACAUCGUAUGAAUAAUAUAAAAAAAAACUAUAAAAACUUA